AUGUUCGUGCCAAUCCUUUCGACUUUAUUACUGCUUGAUGUCAGUGUAUCCUCCACGUCUAAUUCGAGUAUAGACCAGCAUGAAGACCCAGUCGUGUUCGCACGUCACUUGAAUAAUUCGUUGCCUUCUGCAAAUAGUAGCUUGACCGUUGCAGAGGGAAAGUUUGAGAGCUCCGAUGAUAGUGAGCAAGACAAUACCGACUCUGAUGAAACUGAUGGGGAAAUGAGGAUGAAGUUUCUCCUCAACAAGUGGAUCUCGCCGUUUUCAUACAAACAGUUGCCACCUGAAGAAUAUUUCAACAGUCUCCGGUCUACUCAACAAAAAGCGUCUAAACUGCUGCUGAAUGAGAAUCUGAGUAAUAAAAAUCUUAAGAGGAUUUUCAAGCAUUUUAAGAAGCUUCUCCAGUCGAAUGAUGAACAAAUGAAAUCAUUUGUCGAUGAGGAAACCGCUGCUUUGCUUCGAAACGCUGCGACCAGCGAGAGGACACAAGCUUUAUUGCUCAAAUCUGAAACGAAGUUAUCAACAAUAUUCACAAGUUUGAUGCUGCGAACAAAAGAUGGAUCUCUUGAAGAGUUUUUCAAGCUUGAGCUACACAUUCCGUUGCUAUCCUACACGAUAAAACUAAUUGGCCAGGUUGGCUUUCCGAAGGGUCGGUCUGAAGUCGCAGACGACAUUGUUCGAAUACUCACGGCUAAUCACAACGGAGGUAAUCUGAUAACUUGGCUGGGAAGAUGCCAAUCUGAUCAAGAUUUGAUUAAUCGAGUCAUCAAAGUGUUGGUGCAGUCGGCCACGACCCGCAAGCUAGCAUAUCGACUACAAUCAUUGCGAUCUGACGACUUUAAAGACCUGUUUUCGAAAAUCGAGCAUCUCGAUGAGCAAGCGAUACGCGAUCAUAUACUUGAUUACGCUGCUUAUAUUCGCUUUAAUUUCAUUGAGCAUGAGGCAAAGAGUUCUUCUUUUGUGGUGUCUAAGUUCCGUUCUUUCCUGCAAUAUCGUUAUAAGGACUCGGAAGAGAAGCAAAAGCAGUUCUUUUCGAGAAAACAAAAGAGAGUCUAUCCGACAGGAUUUGCUUUGGAUAGCAAUCGCUAUACAGAAAUUGAUUGGACGCAGUUUACUGAGGAUCAAGUGCGUUUAUUCAAAGCUACGUUGCAGUCUGACGAUCAAGUGAAGUCGGUGAGAGAGACUUUGCAGGCAGCGAGUCAGGUCGCUUCAUUUACCGAGAAGCUAGGCGAUAAGACCAUGGUGGACACGUUUCAGACGGUGCUGAACGACGAGAAAUUCGUGCAAUGGCUUCAAGCGGUGCUCGAAGACGAGAAAGCAGUGCAAUCGCUUAAAACAAUAUUGAAGGAUGCAAAGGAUCCGGAAGAUCUUAUGUUGCUUCUGACAAAAGAUGAUAAGCUGAAUCAAAAAGAAGUGACUGAGCUCGACGAGUUGAUCAAGAGUGAGGGUUUAUUACAAUUGCUACAAACAUCUAUGGUGAAUGAUGAACGUAUGACGAUGCUUAAAAAGGCUUUGGGGUUUGAAGGGCGAUUAAGAUCAGUUGAUGACAUCUUAUGCAGUACAGAAUUGGAUACGAAGAAGUUACUAGACGGGAUCCUCAGCAAUCAAAAGAUAACGCAGUCCCUCAAAGAGAUAGUGAAGGAUGAUGUGCGAUUGAAGUUAUUUAAAUCGGCUCUGGAGGGUAAGGAAGAGAUCAAAAACUUUCUUUCGGCGCUGGGUGACAAGGAUUUGGCGUAUGUGCUGUUAAAGGAUAUGGAUCAAGUUUUUUUUCUCAGAGUGGCUAUCAAGGAUGAUUAUCGUACGAACUUGUUUCGAGCGGCUUUGGAGAAUAAAGAACAGGUGAAGCAUUUUGUAGAGGCAUUGGACAAAAAGAAACUGGCAAAUGUUUUUAAAUCGAUACUCAAGGAAAAAAAUCAAGUGCGUUUGCUUGAAGAUGCUGUUACAAAACAAUCAAAAGCGGGAUUUAGAUUUUCUCUUAAUGAUCGAGAUAGAAUGAUGCUGGCAGAGGAGAUGGAAAAGAAUUUCAUACAGGUCAAGGUGUCAGACAGUAGAAUCAACUGA